AAGAUUAUCUCCGCGCGCCUCGUCUCUUUUCUCUUCAGUCCAGCUGCUGCUCUCUGAACAUCACUACACAAACAAGGCAGAUCGUUGCUGCUACUACCUCUAAAGCCCGCGUUUUGCACAUCUAUAAUAUUGUUUUACUAGCGCAAUGGAUUGUCUUAUCGUUCCUAGUGUGUUACCAAACUCUCCAAGAAAAAAACGUGGACAAAUCCAGGUCAUUUUUGGACCAAUGUUUUCUGGAAAGAGCACUGAACUGAUGCGAAGAGUGCGCCGCUUCCAGAUUGCGCAGUACAAGUGCCUGGUGAUCAAGUAUGCCAAAGACACACGCUACUCGGAAAAGGGAAUGGCCACACACGACAAGAAUGUAAUGGAUGCUGUGCCAGCCAACUGCCUGAACGAUUUGCGUUCCCUAGCACUAGACGCCUGCGUCAUCGGAAUUGACGAAGGACAAUUUUUUCCAGACACAGUGGAGUUCUGUGAGGAUAUGGCCAACCGAGGCAAGAUCAUUAUUGUAGCAGCGCUGGAUGGAACCUUCCAGAGAAAGCCAUUUGGGAACAUCCUGAGCCUGGUCCCCCUGGCGGAGAGCGUUGUUAAGCUGAGUGCCGUCUGCAUGAAGUGCUUCAAGGAGGCCGCAUACACCAAGAGGCUUGGUGCAGAGAAAGAGGUGGAGGUGAUCGGUGGUGCGGACAUGUACCACGCUGUGUGCCGCGGUUGCUACGGUGGCCUGGUGAGCAGCGGGAAGGAGAACUGCGGACCCUCCAGGGACGAGACGCCGCCACACAACGUCUCCAGCGGCAAGCAGCUGGACCUUAACGCCCCGCGCAAACUGUUUGCCACCCUGCAGCUCUGAGAACACUAAACCGGUUCAGUACGUUUGCUGACAAAAAUAUAUGAACUGUUUCAUUUUCCAAAAGAGCCUAAAGAAAUAUCGAAGUGUGUACCUGACAAGCUGCAGGGGCAAAGUAACCAAAACUUGUUUGCUUCUUUUGUACCGGACAAGUUUUGGCUUCUUUGCCUCUGCAGUUUGUGAGGUAGGCGUACAAAAUAUAUUUUUUCUGGCCUUGAAAAUGGAACUGUUCGUUCAUAAAGCCCUGAGAGCAGUUGCCUAUGGACCUCAUCAUGGGAAGUCCUGGACAUGGGCAGUCAGAGCAUUACAAUCCAGUUGUUGUGAUGCACCAGGUACAAUAUGAGUGAGAUGAAAUUAUUUGUGUGUGUCUCUGUUGUGAAGUCAGAAUUUGCAAACAAAUGUGGCACUUCCUCUGUAUAUAUGUGUAUGGCUGGGUGUUUGUGGAUUUCUUUUUUGUGUGUGUGUGGGUUUUUUUUUUUUACGCGCGCGUUUUAGUUUUUCACUUUUUUAAUCAAUGUACUGUAGAUGAAAUUCAUCGGCAUUCAGUCUGUACAGAUAUGGUUGUAUGUGUAUACACCAGUUGUAUAACCCAGAUGAUUUGGACUGUGCUAAUUUUAUUAAAUAUUUUAUUUAACUCCGC